AAAAAACAAUAUGUAAAACUUUGAUUAAAAAUGAACACGAAACUAGGAAUAUUAAAAAAAGGUCUAAUUCAUGUUUAUUUUACUUCGAUAGAUUAUUUAACUUUAAAAUCAAUUUUCCAACCAGUCGAACUGGCUGUCUUUGCUGGUGACGUAACAAACUCCAAGCGCGAUUCUUAGAACCAGUUAAAUAUUGCACAUUGUUUCGUGACGUAGGCGACGCAUCAAUGACAUCAUGGUUGAAUUAAAUUUUACUGGUUUCGAGCAUUGUGAUGAUCGUAAAUAGAAAGCGGGGAACCACACGACCGUUGCCUGUCCCGUGUCAAGAUUUGAUGAAGAAGUAGAAGUGGCUGUGUCAACGAUCGCGAAAACGUGGAUAACUUUUUGAUCAGGUGAUUCCGUUUUCAUAUUGUUAAACGUUCUUGUAGUACCUUUAUUUUUUGUAAAUUUGUAAUCGCUUCAUUUUUGAUUAAAGUUGUUAAACAAAACACCUCAAGCUGUUAAGUGUGUACUGUUAGGCCUACUGUCACACUCAUUCUUAGGAUGUCAUUUUCACUUCUACGUUAUUUUGACGGGGCUAAGCCUGGCGAUAAAAGACAGAGUCAGGUUAGUAUUGAGCAAAGAGCGGAGGGAAAUAAAAAGAGAUGGAAGUCUUAUGAGGUAGAAAAACGUGACGAAAGAGGAUUUCAUGAGGUUUGGAAAAAGGACAGGCCAUGGCUUCAAUUUAAUGAUGGGGUCAUGACUUGUUCAUUGUGCCAAGUGUUCUUUAAGAACAACACAUGUGUAGGUAAGAACACCUUUAUAACGGGCAGCACUAAUUUUAAGGUCUCGACAGUAAGUGAUCACGAGUCCAGCAAAUGCCAUCAGAAGGCAGCUAAGGCUGAGCUAGCCAAACAAAGUAAGCAUGACAUGCAGAAGAGUGAAGCAGGCAAAGCUCUUCUGUCUCUCAAAAGUGCAGAGCGCCAUGUCAUUGCAAGCCUCUUCCGCAAUGCCCAUGCUGUUGCAAAGAAAGGGAGACCACUAUCUGAUUAUGUUUGGCUAUGUGAAGCAAUGGCUGCCCAAGGUGUUGAAAUUGGCUCUACAUAUUUAAAUGAAAAGGCCUGCUCCGAUUUUGUUUCAUUUAUUUCAGAUGUAGAGACGGACAAAACAAUAAAGAUGUUGAACGACGCCCCAUUUUUCUCCUUUAUGAUGGACGGAUCGCAAGAUAGAAGUGGGUUAGAGCAAGAGAGCCUCUACGUUAGGACAUCAUUGCAAGGGAAUGUUUCUGAAAGAUUUCUGACAAUGGGGUCACCACGAUCAACGUCAAGUCAACAUCUGCUGGAAUUUGUACAGAAUGUAAUUCAACAACUUGGCUUAGAUGAAACAAAACUUGUAGGUUUGGGGUCGGAUGGUGCGGCAAACAUGACUGGCAAAAAGGCAGGGCUUGCUGCACUCCUUCGCAAGGAAUAUGGGGACAAUAUCAUCAAUAUACAUUGUUUCAGUCACCGGUUAGAGCUGGCCUUUCGUGAUGUGGUUAAGUUGGAAAAAAAAUAUCAAAAGUUAAUGAACCUCUUGAUUGGUCUCCACAAAUUUUACAAAAUUCACAAAAACAGGAAAGGUCUAAAGGAGGCCAGUGAAACACUCUCGAUAAACAUGGUAUCUCCGAAAAGAGUAUCAACAACGCGAUGGCUUCCCCACCUUAGUGAAGGUAUCAACUCCCUUGCCAAAAAUUUCAGAUCUUAUGAGGCACACUUGGCCUCAUGUAGGCACGAAAAUGCAAAGGCACAGGGAUACUACUCCAUGCUUCUUGACAAGGGCCUUAUGACAUUUGCCAUUGUACUUCAGGAUCUCAUCCAGCCGCUCCAAAUCCUAUCCAAAAAGCUGCAGAGACCAAAAACAGUCAUAGGCGACGCAUUCCUUUGGGUGGACACGCAAAAAGAAUUGCUGCGCGAAAAAGCAAAUGAGAAACCUCCAGAAGAAGUCCAGGCCAUGCAUAUGACUGGAGAGUACCAAGGCCUGAAGCUGAGUGGCAUGACGCCCGACCUAUUGUAUAGAUGCAAGUUGAUAGAUGCUUGCUCGACUCCAGCACAGUCAUAA